AUGGCGGAGACGAGCUUUUCGUUCAUCAGCCCUUCUCUCUUUAUAAUUCUAUCGCUCUUCGUAAUGGAUGAAGCGAGUGUUGGUCAAUCAAAGGCCAAGUCUGCUUUUGAGCCGGUUGAGUACGCGAUCGCGAUUGGAAACGACGGUAAGACCAAGGCCGUCGAUGUCAUUGCUCCUGGCGGUGGAGGCGGAGUCGAGUGUUACAAUUGCAGAGAGGUUGGUCAUAUGGCGAAGGAUUGUCGUGGUGGUUCCGGUGGGAACAGAUACGGUGGCCGUGGAUAUGGCGGUGAGGGAUGCUACACGUGUGGUGAUGUAGGUCAUUUCGCAAGGGAUUGCAGGGCAAACGGCGGCGGAUACGUCGGAGGUGGAGGUGGCGGUGGAAACACUUGCUAUACAUGUGGCGGAGUUGGACACAUGGCUAGAGUUUGCACAAGCAAGAGACAGUCUGGUGGUGGUGGUGGUGGUGGUGGUGGUGCUUGUUAUGAAUGUGGAGGCAUUGGUCAUUUGGCACGUGACUUUGAUCGUAGAGGAAGAGGAGGCGGUGGCGGCGGUGGUGGCAAGUGUUUCACAUGCGGCGAGGAAGGUCACUUUGCGAGGAACUGCUCUUCGUUUGCUUAACAAAAAAAAAGAAGAGUGAUGUUCAUAAAAUUCUUCGCUUUCUAUUGGUUUUCUGAUGUGAUAGCUAGAGUUGUUUCUGUUGAUGCUUUGGAAUGUUUAUUGGGAGUUUAUGAUCUCUAUAUUGCUCGUAUAUGACAGGUUCUUGCAUACCUAUUGACUGUUUUUGUUGAUGCAAUAACCCAUAUGUGUGUGAACUUGAAUGAUAGUGUGUGAUUGCAUAAGUUUAAGUUUCUUUGUCGUUCUUUACAGUUGGUGUGAUGUAAUGUGAUAGUCACUCCCGUAUGCAAAGAUUGAAACGUGCUAUUAACUUGUUAUUCAUAUCCACCAUCUGACUAGAGAUCUGUCCCGAUGCUUUCUCGAUUCCGUUUUGUUUCGUUUGAGAGCUUGUUCUUGGAAAUCUCUGACAUG